AUGCAGCCAUUCUGUGGAGUCUUUGUAUUUGGCCUGUUGGGCUUGGCGCUGGCGGCGCCGCAUGGCCAUGGACAUGCGACCAGUUACAGCGUGCUGACCAAGCAUGAGGAGCCGGUGCACAAGAGCUACGCACAUGGACUCAUUGAUCACGGCUACGGAUACGACGCCUUGGGUCUGGGCUAUGCCGGCUAUGGGCAUGGCUAUGACAAGCACGAGCCAGAUCAUUAUCCCAAAUAUCAGUUCGACUACGGUGUCAAGGAUGCGCACACAGGUGACCACAAGAGCCAGUGGGAGGCAAGGGACGGCGACAAGGUGCAUGGCAGCUACUCCCUAAAGGAGGCUGAUGGCACGACUCGUGUGGUGGAAUACACAGCCGACGAUCACAACGGUUUCAAUGCAGUGGUCAAGAAACUGGGCCACGCCCACCAUCCACAGGUGUACAAGAGCUACGGACAUGGCGAUAUUUAUGGCGCCGGCUAUGGCUACGCCAACGAUGUGGCCCACUAUGGUGGCUACGAUCUUGGACACGGCCACGGCCACGCCAGCAGCUAUGUGAGCAUAAAGCAGCUGCAUUAG